AUGACUCUGAGUUCAGAGAUGUCCGAUGCGUCCAUCCUCUCAGAAGAGACCGAUAUAGACGUAGUAGGAGAGGGAGAAGACUCCGACUGCCACACGCGGGCGUACGUGGACGAGGUGGCGCAGAUGCAUGAUGGGCUCCUGCUGGCCGGCUCUCCUCCGUGUCUGGACAGCCCCACGUCUUCACGGGACAGCUACAAAUCCACGGGCAAGAACACCCUGGUGAAGCCCCCCUACUCCUACAUCGCACUGAUCACUAUGGCCAUCCUGCAGAGCCCGAAGAAGAGACUGACACUCAGUGAGAUCUGUGACUUCAUCAGUAACCGCUUCCCGUACUACCGCGAAAAGUUCCCUGCGUGGCAGAACUCCAUCCGCCACAACCUGUCCCUGAACGACUGCUUCGUCAAGAUCCCGCGGGAGCCGGGAAACCCGGGCAAAGGAAACUACUGGACCCUGGACCCGGAGUCCGCGGACAUGUUCGACAACGGGAGCUUUCUCCGGCGGAGGAAGCGCUUCAAGCGGCAGCAGGCGCAGGAGCUGCUCCGGGAGCACAGCUCUUUACUCCCAGCAGCAGCAUACGGGUACUCCCCAUACGGCUGCGGAGGAUACGGCAUCUCCCUGCCGCCCUACCACACGCACUCUGCGCUCCUGGCCUUCCAGCAGCAGCAGCACGCCGGGACCAUGAUCCCCGCGCCGUCUCUGAUGCCCACCACGGACUUGCCCCGGGGCAGGUUCUACCCGCAGCUCAGCCACACUGUGCCCUCAGUGCGUAAGGCCAGCUCCGCGGCACAGCGCUCCCCUUUCUCCAUAGAGAGCAUCAUUGGUGGCUCUCUCAGCCCUGCACGGACUCCUCCGGUGGUUCUCCCGGUCCUGCCUCCCUCUUUGGGACGCCCAGCCCCGGCCCCGGUGCAGACAGACUUUAGAGCCGUGAGCGGCACCGGCUGCUAA